GCAGUCUCGCGGCUGGACAGCCUGGACGCGGCCGUGCACCGGCUCAACGUGCAGUUCUACACCAUGGACCUGCGCCUGGCCCAGUUCUCCCAGGGCCUGGCCGAGCUGCGGGGGCGCCUGGCCGAGGCCCAGGAGGGGCUGAGCGCCCUCAACCAGACCAGCACCCGCAACCAGCAGGACAUCGGCAAGAUCGACGGCUGCCUGCGGGGCCGGAGGAUCCACGCCAAAUGCUUCCUGAUCGUUAAGCAGUUCGAGGGCUACGACGGGGCGCAGGAGCUGUGCCGGCUGCGGGGCGGGAACCUGGCCAUGCCGGCCGACGCCGCCGAACUGGCCGCCCUGCGCCGCUACCUGCACGAGGCCUUCCAGCCCCACAACUGGCCGGCCUGGGUGGGCAUCCACGACCGGCGGGCCGAGGGCUUGUGGCUGUAUGAGAGCGGCCAGCGCGUCUCCUUCUUCGACUGGUACCAGGACCACCUGGUGAGCCAGCCCAACGGGGGCGCCCGGGAGAACUGCGUCUCCCUCUCCUCCGACGACGGCAAGUGGUGGGACAACGACUGCGCCCGACGCAUGUACUACGUCUGCGAGUACCGGCUCUAGGGGGGUGGGGGCGGACCCUGCGCCCAGACACCCAGCCCCCCCCCAGCCCGGAGACCCAGCAACCGCCCCCGGGACCCUGCGCCCAGAGACCCUGCACCCCCCAGCCCAGAAAUCCAGGACCUGCCUCCCCCAGGGACCCUGUAUCCCCCAGCCCAGAGACCCAGCACCUGCCCCCCCCCGGGACCUUGCACCCCCCAGCCCAGAGACCCAGUACCCGCCUCCCCACAGAAACCCUCCCCCGCAGAGAAUCAGUUCCCGAACCCCCACCCAUCUACUCCCGACAGGACAAUGACUGCACCCAUCUGUGAGUACCGGCUCUGGGGGACCGUGCCCCCCCCAUCCCAGAGACUCAAACCCCCCAUGCCCCGACACCUGACAAUGUAUCACCACACGUAUUUGCUCAAGGGGAAACUACUCCCACCCCCAAGAACCACCUCUGGGGAGCCCCCCUCCCCCAAAACCAGCUUUCAUGGAGGAGGCAGCUGGCUGCCUGCUGCAGCAAGGAAAGGGUUAAUCCCUCCCCCCCAGUGCCCCCCACCCUAGUCACAGGCUGCCAGGGCCACCCCCCGCCCCCCAAGGUCUGAACAGACCCCCAGAGAUGACCCAUCACCCAGGUGCUAGGGGGUCAAAGGUCAUCACCCUGGGUGGGGGCACAUG